AUGGCUGAAACUGGACAACCACGAGCACUCACGACCGCGUUUGCCCCUCCACCGCCUCUGUGGAAACAUUUCACCCCCGAGAACGUGAAAAGGUUGGAAGAGGCCAAGAAGGAGGCGUCAAAAGGAGAUGAUGGGAAGCCGCGCAAAAGGAAAUGGUCUCCCGAUGACCUACGAUCUCUGACGCUCCCACCAGAGCUCCGUUUCCUGGUACCACCAGAGAUCCCAACCUCCGGGCAGUACAGUGUCUUCGGAGAAGUACAAAACCUUUCAACAGCCCUUCCCUCCUUAGAAGAACAAGGCAUUACACAACUCUAUCCCUCCUCCCCGAAACAUGACGCCAGCCACGAAUCUUCCGCGGAGCCAGCACAGCCGUUGAACCACGCAUACUACCUUCUGAAAAUCAGCAAAUCGCUGCUUCUGAACUUCCUGGAGUUUGUUGGGAUUCUUUCCAUAACGCCGGAGCACUUUGAAUCCAAAGUCGAGGACAUACGAAAUCUAUUUAUCAACGCACACCAUCUGCUUAACCUCUACCGGCCACACCAGGCUCGCGAAUCUCUGAUUGUAAUGAUGGAGGAGCAAUUGAACCGCACGAAAGAAGAAAUCCGAGAAAUGGACCAGCUGAAGGCGGAGCUCAUAGCUGUUCUAGACCAGCUCGCCGCAGAGGGAAUCGAUAUAGGUGCUACUGCGGAAACCAGCGCCGAAGAAGAUACAAAGACCGUGAAAUUAGACGAACGAUUCGCCGAGGAUUCACAGCUAGUCUGGGAUCUCAUAGACGGGAAAGUUGAGUGA